AUUAAAUUAUUAGUCAUACAUCAUUGGUGCGCUGCGCGCACCAGAAACCACCACGCCGUGCUCACCGCCGUAGGACAAACGAAAGGAACGACAACAGAGCAUCAGCCUCCAAGACCGUAACAAAGCAUGGCUUAUUCUGGAGGGUUCAAGGAGGAAGAUGACGACUUGGAUAUAGACGGGGAGGAAGAGGGGGGAGAGAUCAAGGCUGUGAACGACCACUGCAUCCUCUUGAUCGACGCUAGACCGAACAUGUUUGAGUCCUUGAAUGGCGAGGGAGAUACACCAUUCCAUGCGUCUAUGAGAACCGCCGUCCAGCUGAUGAAGAGCAAGGUAGUGCAAAGCGAUAAGCACCGUGUGGGAGUCACUUUCUUCGGGACCAAGAAGACAUCCGACAUCGAAGAGAGCAACGAAAACGUUUUUGUCGUCCUCGACCUAGCGCCGCCGAGCGCAAAGCGGAUCCGCGACCUAGAUGCUCUGGCGAAGGGGGAGGUGAGCUUCGACAACAAGUACGGGUCCAUCGGGGCAGACGACCCGUGCCCCUUGAAAAGCGGACUGUGGUCAUGCCAGACAGAGUUCAACAACAUCAAGCAGCCGCUAGACCACAAGCGCGUCUUCCUCUUCACAAACGACGACGACCCGUUGAGGGGAGACCCAGAAGAGACGAAGAAAGUUCACAUGAUCGCGCAGGAUGCAGUGAACGCGUCUAUCGAGAUAAAGCUGUUCCACAUCAAGAGAAAAGGGGCGCCGUUCGACCCAGAUACCUUCUACCGUGCGAUCAUCACGGGCGAUGGGGAUGACUACAAUGAGCAGUCUCUUGGCGACGGGGCCGAAUCGACGAACGAAUUGUUGGACAAGGUUCGCCGCAAGGAGUUCAAGAAGAGGAGGCUGGCCCGACUGCCUUUCUACCUUCGGGAGGGGCCAGAGGGGACCGGGCUGUCCUUCGACGUGCAGGUGUUCAACAUGGUCCACCCGGCGAAGAGGCCUACUCCCAUUUACCUCGAUGCCAGGACGAACAAGCCUGUCCAGAUCAUCAGCAAGUUGAUGGACGACAAGACCGGGGCGCAGUUGGACGCCCACGAGGUUCGCACCUACCUAGAAUUCGCGGGCGAGAGGGCUUACAUCUCGAAAGACGAGAUGGGAACUCUGAAAGGCCUGUACCCCAAGGGACUGGCUCUGCUGGGGUUCCGGCCAAACAAUACCUUGCGGCCAGACUUCAACAUCCGCAGCCCGUACUUCCUCUACCCAGAUGAAGAGAGCACCACGGGUUCUGCGAAGGCGUUCAUCGCUCUGCACGCCGCCAUGGUCGACAAGAGGGUCUACGCCUUGGCUAGGUUCACAAGAGCUGCUGGAGCAGCACCCAGGAUGGUGGCCUUGCUGCCUCAGGAGGAGGUGGUCGAAGGCGGCGAGCAGCUGCAGCCUGGCGGGUUCAACACCGUGGUGCUCCCCUUCGCAGACGAAGUACGGGAAGCGAAAGCACCACAGACCGCCGACGACGAUGUAAAGCCGGAAGUGAAAGAGAGUGGAGUGUCGGCUGCAGAGGGCGUGGUGAAAGCCUUGAAACUCGAAAGCUUCGACUUCCGCAAGUUCGAGAAUCCGGUUCUCCAGAGGCAUUAUGCCGCGCUGCAGGCUCUUGCUCUUUCCGAGGAGGAAAUCUCAUGGGACCCGGAAAAGGACGACAGAACGCGGCCUGACGAGAAGGGAUUGGACGCCGCGGGUGGCCCUGUCUUGGAAGAGUUCAAGGUCUCGUACGGAGGGGACCAAGAAGACGACUUGCCCGCUGCUGGUGCCAAGAGAUCGGCGGGAGGAUCGGGGGAGGGCAGUGGUGCGAAGAGGGUCAAGACGGAGGACGACGCGAGCAAGAUCAACUGGCAAGAGGAGCUCGCCAAGGGACAGAUCGAUCGGUUCACGGUGCCGACUCUCAAGUCGUUCCUCAAGAGUCGAGGGAUGUCCGCGACAGGGAAGAAAGGAGAUUUGGUUGCCCGCGUCCAGCAGGCUCUACAAAUGACAGCAUAGGGUGCGGUUGUACACGGCAUGCGCUGCUCUACAUUAGAGGUCAACGUCCUCUGCAGCCCAGGUUGCUUGCCUCAGCGGUUGCGCUGUGAAAUGUGACAUGUGCAUGGCUGAUGCUCGGUGUUCCUGGUUCUCAGUGGCCGGCGGGAUGCGUGCUAAUUACUUAACCCCUGACCGUGGGGGGUAUGGGGGGUAGAAUGUACAAUAGAGAGAAAGCACGUCGUCCUGAUGAUGUGGAUGACUUAUCGCAAAUGCAAUUCAAGGUCCACGCAAUCGAAAGUAAUUUUGGAUACUCUGUCUCGCGGUCCUUUUCCUGGGCUAGGCUUGUACCAGUUUAGAGGAUGCAUUCAGAAGCCGGAGAUGGCC